AUGCAUUCGUGCCCGUGGGGCAGGGCCCGGUGGGUUCCACGGGUUUCGUUCAUCCUAGCUGCGGUCAUUGUUGGAGUCUGCGUUGCUGACAGCCAACCAGCCUACAGACCGGCCCAACCCUACAGGCCAGCAGCCUACCAGUCCUACGAUGCUCCACCGAAAUACAGCUUCGACUGGAGCGUGAGGGACGACUACACCUACAACAACUACAACCACCAGGAGUCCCGCGACGGAGACAACACCCAGGGUUCCUACUCGGUCCUUCUGCCCGACGGCCGAGUCCAGACCGUCAAGUACUACGUCAAUGGCGACUCUGGGUUCGUCGCAGAGGUCACCUAUUCCGGGGAACCCAAGUACGAGGCCUCCUACCAAAAGCCAGCCUACAAACCCGCCCCGGCCGCAUACCAACCCGCCCAGAAACCCGCCUACAGGCCUAGGCCCGCCUACCAACCCACCCCGUACCCAGCUUAA